AUGAGUGCCAAAACAGAGCAAGCAGAUGGGGGCAAAGCGGCCUUCAGAAAAUAUUUGGAGGAUCAUGGAGUCAUUCGUCAACUGACACGCGUCCUUGUCGGGCUCUACGAGACUCCUGAGCGGCCUCUGAACGCGCUUGACUACAUCAAAAGGCACCUGGGAGCGCCGACAGGCGUUGAGGUGGAUGCACUCCGGUCGGAGGUGCAAAAUCUGACGAGGGAGAAUGCUGCAUUAAAAAGCAAGGUGGAAUCACUGCAGCAAGAAGUGGAGCUCCUUCAACGGGAGCUCGCCGAUUAA